AUGACGCCGACGCAGUCGCCGACACCAGCGCUCGAGACGCCGUCGUCGAAACUCGAUACCGCACGGUCGUGGGCGUGGGCGCACAAGAAGCUGCUCAGUGCGAUCGGCGUUGCCGCCAUCGUCGGUACCGUCCUCGCUGUCGUAACGAUCGGCCCCGAGUUUGACGCUGCGUCCCGUGUUUCGACCGGUGCCAACGGUGCCGGUAUCUGCUACGACUCGACGGAAAGCCCGGCGGACCUCGAGCGCCAUUUUGGCAUCAUCAAGCAGCGCUACUCGUCCGUGCGCACGUACCGCGUCACACAGGGUGGCAAGAACAUGAUCGACGCGGCCGCCAACGCCGGUCUCUCGAUCGCUGUUGGUGUCUGGAUCGCAGGCGGCAACUGGGACGCGGAGCUACAAGCCGCAAUUGACGGCACGAAGCGCCAUCCGGGCAGCGUCAAGGCCAUCUACAUUGGCAACGAAGAGCUCCACAAGGGCUGGGGCGCCGGCGCCGUCGUCGACGCCAUCAACAAGGGCAAGUCUGCGAUCCGGGCCGCGGGCCUCAACGUGCCCGUUGGUACCGUCCAGAUCGACGGUGAUUUCUUGCGCAACCCGCAGGUCGCGGAUGCGUGCGACUCGAUUGGUGUGAAUCUGUACCCGUUCUUCAGCGGCCCAGCGUCGAUCAACGAUCCGAUGGGCGAUUUGAACGCGCGCUGGAGUGCGAUCACCAAGAAGUGGGGCGGCAAGGCUCGCAUCACCGAGUCCGGGUGGCCCACCGACGGCGGCAGCAACGCCGGCCACCAGUGCAACUACGACAACGCCAAGAAAUACCACGACUCGUUCAACGACUGGGCGUCCUCGAACGGCGGCGACACGACCUACUACUUUAUGUUCAAGGACGUCCCCAACAAGGGCGGCUACGAACAGUUCUUUGGUGUCGCCGACACGCAAGGCAAGUGGAAGUUUGGCGGUGGCCCGCCGGCACCGCCGACACCUGCCCCCACACCGGCCCCGACGCCGGCACCGACACCCGCGCCUACACCCGCGCCGACACCCGAGCCGACGACGACGGCACCGCCGACUCCGGCACCCACCACGGAGACGCCCGCCCCGACCUCGGUGGCCAACACGACGCAGCCGAGUGCGACGCCCAACGCCACCGACAACUUCAAUACGACGGGUUCGUACGCCGGCGCCAUCGAUUUGAUUGCGUCGCCCGUGCAGACGCUGCCCGACGUCGACGUGACGCCGGUACCGACGGCCAAAGUCAACCAGAUCGGUGGCAAAGACACAAGCGGCGAGACCAACACCGCGUCGACGGGCGACGCCUCGGGCUCGGCCGGCGGCACCGUGCUCUCGGUCAUGCUCGUGUGCUCGAUCGCCGUCGGUGUGAGUGCCGUCGCGUUCCUCGUGGUGCGCAACCGCAAGCGCAACCAAGCGCUCGAGGACCAGAAGGAUGUGUACACGGCGGACAACCGCGACCACAGCCUCGCGAUGCUGAGUGGCCGCGAAAGCGCCGUCCUCUUGUAA